GUACGCAUGCCCUUCCGGUGCCGGCGCUCAGUCGAGCCGCGACCUCCGCGCGCGACGGACGUACGUACGUGACAAUCAUGAGUUCGGGCAAGCGGAAACUGUCGUUCCUGGGAUUCGCGCCUUCUCAGGCGGAGGGGGAGGAGAUUCACCUGGACGAGGAGAUGGACCGAGUGGUGUGGGGGGAGACGAGGGCAGAGCCGCUGGACGCGACGCGGUACCGCGCCUCGACGGAGCCGCGUCGCGACAGCGCGGCCCCGGUUCCCCCCGAUUACGAAUCGCCCCGAGAAGGCCUGGGCUGGAGCAGCUCGGAGACCUCGCCCGCGGAGCCGUCCCGGACCUCCACGAUGUCGCCGAGCCAGACCACUUCGCCGUCGUCAUCGAUCAGCCCGCGCGAGGAGGGCGACCGGCAUGUGCAGUUCGAUGGCCCGGCCCCGGUCACCCCCGACCCCGGAACGACGACGAACGACGACAGCGACUUGCGGCGCGAGCAGCGGACCGCGUGA